AUGACUCAGCCUACCAACGGAAACGGUGCCGCCGCCCACCAGCCCAUCGCCGGGCCGUCCGGCAAUGGGAGCCAACGCGUCCAGCUCCAAGGGAGCCUGAUGUAUCCAGACGAUAGCGAUUGGAGAGCAGCAGAUGACGAGGACGAGGCGAUGGACGUGGAUGGAGUGGUAAAGAGCGGCGAAUCCAGCUCGAAGCGGUUACCAGAGUUGACGGGGACCAAGAGGAUACCUGUUGAUCGGGAAGAGGUCACAAGGGUGAUGCUUCAGGCCUUACGAGACAUCGGGUAUCACCAAUCGGCCGACCUACUCGAGAGCGAAUCAGGCUACGUCCUUGCGUCUCAAGCAGGAGCCGACUUCCAAUCCGCCAUCCUCGGCGGCCGAUGGUCCGAAGCCCUCGCCCUCCUCCCUGCACUCGGCAUCACCCUUCCGACCCCGCCCGAAGCAGUCGUCUCGUCCGCAUCCUCCAUUGCGUCCGGAAAGAGCAAGGCCGUCGCAGCUACCGGCAAAGAUACCCCUGCCGACUGUAUACGCUUUCUGGUCAGCCAGCAAAAAUAUCUGGAGAUGAUUGAGAUGGGGGCGCAAAAGAAGGCGCUCGCGGUUUUGAGGAAUGAGUUGGCGCCGGUCGCGCAGGAUCCGGAUGUGCUGCAUCACAUGUCGGGGUAUAUGAUGUGCAUGGAUCGGGAGGAUCUGUAUGAGCGGGCGCAGUGGGAUGGGGCAGCCGGUACUUCUCGACGUCGACUACUCGAGCAAAUACAGCCGUACAUCUCGCCAAAACUAUUACUACCCCCUCGCCGGCUCGCCACCCUCCUCGAACAAGCCCGGCUGCAUCAACAAGAAUCCUGCUUCUUCCACAAUGACCCCACCCCUUCGUCCCUCUACACCGACCACGAAUGCGCCACGACCUCCUUCCCUUCCGCCACAUCCCAUAUCCUCGUCGAUCAUGGGGAUGAGGUACAUAACCUCGCUUGGAGUAGAGAUGGGACUAUGCUGGCUACGGCGGGACAUGAUAAGAUGGUGGUGAUCUGGCGUUUAAUACCUCUGACUCGACCAAGCGGGGAGGCAGGUUGGGAUAUCGUGCCUGUUCAUCAGUUGAAGGAUCAUCGAGAAUCGGUUGGGGCGCUCGCUUGGUCGCCUGACGGUAGUAUCCUGGUCACGUCGGCAGAUCGAGGGCUGUACAUGUGGAACACCGAGGAUGGCACGCUCAAGAACUCCCCAACGAGCCCACUCCAACACACCGACGAAAUCUCUGCUAUCCGAUGGAUGCCAGACGGGACCCAAUUUCUCGUCUCCACCAUGGAUUGCAAAUUGACCUUCUACUCCGCACGAGGCGAUAUGAAGCGUCAGUGGAACACUCCCACGAUGCAGAUCCGGGACUUUGACAUCACGCCCGAUGGGCUGAGGCUCGUCUGCGCGGUAGCACACAUCCGGAGACAUCUGGACGACCCAAAGCCAAAGCCAUCGAUAAUGGGUCGGCCGAUCCACGAUCCAAUCAACGGGAUCAACAGCGAGCAUAUCAAGGACUUUGGGUAUGAAGAGAUGGAUAACGGGGUGGUGGUCAUCUUGCUCGCAGAGAAGAGGAUUGAAUCGGCAUUACCUGUUUUAGGAUGCGGAAUCAGCUCGCUCUCGAUGGCUAGCGACGGGAAGCGAUUCUUGGUCAAUGUUGAGGAUGAGAAUGUCCGCUUGUACAGCCUCAACGACACGCAUCUCAAGCUUGAGCGCAAGUUUGAGGGCCAUGUACAUUCCCGCUACGUCAUUCGGUCCUGCUUUGGCCCGCCCAAGAAUCGAUAUGUGCUCUCUGGUUCCGAAGAUGGCCACGUCUACGUCUGGGACGCAACCACCGGAAAGAGCCUGCACGUCCUCCACGGCCAUUCGGACAGUGUCAACGCGGUGGCCUGGAACCCUAUUGCCUCCCGCAAGCUCUUUGCGUCUUGCUCAGACGACCAUCAGGUCCGGAUAUGGCAGCCGUCGACGCUGAACGUGGGAGAUGGGGUUCAGGUCGGGACCAAGGAGAUGGGAGAGGAAGGCGAGGGUUUGGAGCUGUAG